AUAAGUUGCAAUGAUUCGUGCAAAAUUGAUCAUGCCGUGUCUCUACUGCCGUUACUUAUUUUGUGCAUUCGUAUCUGUGCCAGCGAGUCGGACAUUGCAUAUAAUCCUGCAAGCUCGAUACUUUAAUUUUCGCAUGGUAAUAUGCGUAAGUUAAAGAUAAAACACGGUGUAACGUACAUGGUACUGAUUGUUUUAAUGCGAUUCGCUUGUAACGUUAACGCGGACGACAGCGAAUUUAUUCGUGAAUAUUUCCUGCACAAGGCAGUGCGGAAUGUCGUAGGAUUCUCCUGCGGGGAUGUCACGCAGGAUUUUCAUUUUAUUAAAUUGUUGAGCAAAGUUGGUAUAUUCACGAUCAUCAAGGAAUACGACGGACGCAUCAACAUGCGACGGUUCUUAAACACCGAGACUUGGACCUUAGGAGUCAUCGUGGACUUGCGAUGCCACAACGAAAGCGCUGUGGCCAUCUUCGCCGAGACUUCCAGAUAUCGUAUGUACGAUUACUCGUACCGCUGGUUGGUCCUGGGAUCGAAACUGAACAGCAGCACGACGCUCCUGAACGACAGCGCUUACAGCAUGACUACUGAUCUCACGCUCGCGAUAACAAAUGGCAGUGGCUACGAUUUGUACGACGUUUAUAAUCACUGCAAGUAUCGAGGAGGUACUCUGAACGUGACGAGAUUAGGCUCGUGGCGACGAGAAACCGGUCUCGUCAUUACUCUGACGCAGCCACUGGUCCAGAGGAGGGCCAACAUGCAUGGCAUAACACUGAAGAUUUCGGGCGUGAUCCAAUAUAGACCGAAAAACAUGCGGUUGGAGGAUUACAUGCACGACAUCAACACCAGAUCCUUGGACAGCAUGCAUAAAUUUGUGUACGCGAUGGUAUCUCACACCAGUGAUCUUUUCAACUUCAGUGUACACGCUUCGGAAAUCGUUUAUUGGGAUCGUCACAGCGUGCACGGCCUGAUAUUCGAAAUAUUACAGUCAAAUUACAUUGAUUUCGCGAGUAACCCCAGGAUUAUGGUGUCCGAGAGAUUAGAGUACGCCAACCUCAUCGGCGCGGCAUGGCCGAUCAGACCCUGCUUUAUGCUGCUGUCCACUACAUCGACUAAAAUUAAGUUUGCGAUCUUCUUGAAACCUUUCGCAUUCUCGACUUGGUACCUGGGUGCCGUCUUUAUGGUGCUUUUCAUGUUCGUAAUGAGAAUAAUAAUGAAACGCGAGGAAGCAAGCAAACAAGAAGAGUAUUCCAGCGCCAUGGUCCUUACUAUUGGCAUCAUCGCUCAACAAGGUGCGACUUUCUUCCCAAAUCAUAUACCGGGUCGCAUCGCGCUUUUGCAAAUUCUCGUAUUCACCUGGCUCAUGUUCAACUAUUACUCGGGCAGUAUCGUAUCAGCUCGUUUAAGUGAGCCGCUCGAUAAGAUGGAGGACGACGUGACGACCCUCGCGGACAGCAAGAUCAAGAUUGCUGCGGAGGCUGUACCGUAUUUGAAUUACUUCCUAUACAAACUCAAUUCGGAGUCGAAUUACUUCAGGAAGAAACGUUGGGAUUCAUUGCCGGAGUCGAAGCGAUACAUGCCGAUAGAAGAGGGCAUGAAAGAAGUGAGCGAGGGCACCCUGGCCUAUCACACCGACCCCAACACGGCGUAUCCAUACGUCGAAAGAAUGUUCGAUCCGAACAAGAUUUGCGAGUUGACGGAGAUACAUCUGUUCAAGCAGUCCGUCAUGGGCAUGUACGCCAGUCGCAAUGGACAAUUUACAGAGUUGGCGAAGAUUGGACUGUCCAAGAUGUUCAAUACCGGGUUACGUGAUCGACAGAUAAAGUAUUGGUCGAGCAGGAAACCUCAGUGCCAGCUCGAUACUUUAUCCACGAGAAGCAUAUCCGUAUACGAGACUGCUCCGGCUCUGAUUUUGUUAGCCUUCGGUAUACUUGUCGGCUGUGGAAUAUGCGUCGUCGAGAAUAUCAUUUAUUAUCGAUCCAUGAGAAAAAACAUGAUAUUGAGUGACUUGAUGAGUAGCGACGAAGAGAACCAACAGCACGAGCAAACACAAUUAGCUUGAGUGAGAUUAUUUUGCUUUCGAAAGUAAAAUAUUCACGAAUAUUCAAUCGUGCGUUAUAAUGUUUUGAUUUAUUUAGUGUCAUAUUGCCGCAUAUCUAUUUAACAUACACGCGCGCGUGCGCGUAAAAUAGUUCGUUAGAAAUCUUUCUCAGUCCUUGUAAUAUUAUUCUAAUAAAACAGUGGGCUCACUUUGCAUCGUAGAUAAA